GACUUAGCAGAGCAGAGGACAUAUAGAGAUCCAAAAAACAAACGACUGUUAAACAAUCCCCUCCUCAAGCACACUGAAUUUUCCUUCUCCGGCGGCCAUGGCGGAAGACCUCGUGCUAGAUACACCGAUCAGAAAUUGGGUAUUGAUCCCUCUUUCGGUGGUCAUGGUCCUUAUCGGAGUUCUCCGCUAUUUUGUCUCUAAGCUCAUGCGCUCCUUUCAAGUCCCCGAUCCAAAAAUCGUCAAAGAAGGGCAAGUCGUCGUUAGGGCACGAAAUUUGCGUGCUGGUGCUAAUUUCAUUCCUCCUAAAUCGUUUCGCGCUCGUAGAUUUUACUUCAGUAACGAGGAAAAUGGGUUAUUAUAUGUUCCGAAAGGACAGGGUCAGAACCCACAGGCACAAAUGUUUUCUGACCCAAAUAUGGCAAUGGACAUGAUGAAGAAAAACCUUUCAAUGAUUAUUCCCCAGACUCUUACUUUUGCUUGGGUCAACUUCUUCUUCUCUGGAUUUGUAGCAGCCAAAAUACCAUUUCCACUGACUCAGAGGUUCAGGUCCAUGUUACAGAAUGGGAUUGAUUUGAGCACUGUUGAUGUCAGCUAUGUCAGUAGCCGCUCAUGGUACUUCCUCAAUCUAUUCGGAUUAAGAGGUUUAUUUAGUCUCAUUCUGGGAGAAGAAAAUGCCAUGGAUGACACACAGCGUAUGAUGCAGAUGGGAGGAUUCGGCUUUGAUCCAACAAAGAAUUUAGGUGCUGAGAAGGACAACCUUGACAUAAUGCAGCAUGAUUGGGCCAUGCCUAAGUUUGAGCAGCGUGCUGAAGCAGUAUUGAGAAAACUAGUCCACUGAAAUAUCAACUUAGUGAACAGCUUGAUCGUCGUGCACUGCAUGCUUCUUUAAUCUUUUUGUUCAAUUCCUUUGUAGCUCUGCUGUUUGCUUGAUUCUAAAUUGCUUUAGGAACACUUGGAAUACAUUACUAUAGUCUUUUUGCUCAUAAGUUUAUUCUAAUUAUUCAAAAGAAUUUCAAAUAGCUGGUUGUAGUGAUUUUGAACAUUUUCUUAACUCGUUCAAUUACUUUA